UACAGAUUUAAAAUUUACAUGAAGCUAAAAUAAUUCAGAUAAAAUUCCUUCACAUAUAUCCCUGCUGGUAAGCCAACAACAACUGGUAAUAGUUAUAGAUCGUUCUACUAUAAGCUGCAGCAGUGUAAAGCUUUUGAAAGAUAGUAGCGCAAUAUAACAACAAAUAUUUACAACCAACAAAACUUGGCAGUUUUGUUGGUUACGUUCAUUGUUGUUGUUGGUACGGUGGGAUAUGAUGAUGAUGACGAUGUUGACGACGACAACGCCAUCGGUGUCGGUGGCCAAAGACAAUAUAUGGCAUAAAACAGAAGAACAACAACAUAGUAACAACAGAAGAAGAAGACGGAUUGUGAUGUAUCAUAAUAAUCAUAAUAAUAAUACUCGUAGUAGUAAUUCAUUUGGGAAUCUACUCGGGUUGUUAUUUCAACAUUUUAAACAUUCUACAUCGUUGCUGUUCCUUAUAGUUAUUGUUCUACACACACAAAUAUGUUUGGGUGCAACAACAAAUCUUCCACCAUCAUUUACAUUGGAUAUGAACAAUUUAGCAUUAUCAGAAAGUACUCCUGUUGGUGAUGUGAUAUAUCGUUUAGAGGGCACUGAUCCAGAAGAUUCACCCGUCCAUUAUGGUAUUAUUGGCACAGAUCGUUUUGAUGUAAAUCGUGAUACCGGCGAUGUCAUUGUUGCUAAACCAUUAGAUAGAGAAAUAAACGACACUUUAACAUUUCUAGUAACAUUAGAAGAUGAAGUUGGAGAUAAUUCGAACAAUAACAUCGUGAAAGUUCCAAUAUCAGUAAUUAUCCUCGAUGAAAAUGAUAAUUCGCCGACAUUUUUGAAUACGCCAUACGAAGCAAGUAUACCUGAAGAUACUGAAAUUGGCACCACUAUUUUUCAAUAUAUCCGGGUUCAAGAUCCCGAUUCAGUUGGUGAAAAUCUAGAAGUUGCUUGCUCAAGACAACAAUUACAAUUUACAGAUGCAUGCAAAAUAUUUCAAGUAAAAACUUUAAAAUCUACACAAAGUGAAUAUAAAGGAGCGUUAGUACUUUUGGAACCCUUGGAUUACAAUAAGAAACCAUUUUAUCAAGUGAUUUUGGAAGCUUCCGAUGGUUUAUUAAACAGUACAGCGAGUGUGGAAAUCAAAAUAAAAGAUGUGCAAAACACUCCACCAGAAUUUACUGGAUCGCUAACGGGUGUUGUUGAUGAAGAUGCUCCUGUUAAUACUUUGGUAAUGCGAGUUCAUGCUAAAGACGGUGAUCGUGGAAUGCCACGUAAAGUGGUUUAUGAGCUACUAACAAAUCCCAUGGAAUAUUUCUUAUUGGAUGCAAUCACUGGUGAAUUACGAACUGCAAAACCUUUGGACAAAGAAGCAUUAGAAGAAACUACUGGUGUUUUAACACUAUCAAUACGGGCCGUAGAAAUUGUGAACGGAACUAAAACUGACGAUCCAUUAGCAUCAACCACGGCUGAAGCAACUGUCACCAUAAAAGAUGUAAAUGACGAGCCACCACGCUUUAAUCAACGUGAAUAUAGUGUUGAAAUACCAGAAAAUGUACCAAAUGGAACACCUCUUCCACAUUUAGAUAUGACUGUACGUGAUUCAGAUGUUGGAAAUAAUUCCGUAUUCUCGUUACGUUUGGAAGACAUUUCGAAAGCUUUUACGGUUGAACCAAAAUUAGCCAAAGGAUCCACAUCAGUUAGUAUUCGUGUGACAAAUGGAUCGUUGGAUUAUGAGAAUCCAAAUCAAAGGAAGUUUAUCAUUUUGGUUAUUGCCGAAGAAACUUUAACACCACAAAAACUCUCAUCGACUGCAACAGUAACCGUUAGUAUAACCGACGCAAAUGAUAACGCUCCGACUUUCAGUCAAGAAGCAUAUAUGGCACGUAUUUCUGAAACAGCAUCCCCUGGUUCCUUAGUAACAACAAUCACCGCUAAAGAUCGUGAUAGCGGUCAUUUUGGUGAAAAUGGUAUAAUUUAUCAAUUGUUCGGAAAUGGGGCUGAUAAAUUUAUUGUAAAUAAUAAAACUGGUACAAUUACGGUAGCACCUUGUGAAACACCAGGGCAAGGCGAUUGUUUAGAUUACGAAACACGUGAUGUUUACUUUUUAUCGUACAAGGCAACCGACGAUGAAGGCAAAGGUCAAACAACAGUUGUACCUUUAAAGAUUUCCUUGAUUGAUAGUAACGAUAAUGCUCCAAUAUUCAAUAACAACAAUUAUCGAGUGGUAAUCGAUGAAGGGGCUUUGAAAUUUGAACCAGAAUUACAAGUUAUGGCACGCGAUAUUGAUAAAACGUCAGAAAUAAAAUAUUCAAUAAUUUCUGGAAAUGUAAAUAAUCUUUUUGAUAUUGAUGAAAACACUGGGAAAAUUUUAAUAACAAAUCCGAAAGGUUUAGAUAUGACAAACAUUACUAGCGAUAAUAUUAUGUUAACGGUAGAAGCUAGCGAUGGAAAAUUUACCAGUACUUGUCUAGUGAAUAUCACUGUAAGGGAUGUUAAUAAUAACGCUCCAAUAUUUAGCAGCGAAAGUUAUUUAGCCUCAGUACCAGAGAAUUCUCCAAUUGGAACAACAGUUGCUGCAACAAAAGCAACUGAUGCUGAUACAGGUUUAAAUGCCGAAAUUAGGUAUCGCAUACAAAAAGGAGCUUUUGAUGCAUUCAAUAUUAACGAGUCUACAGGUAUUGUGACAGUCGCAACAAAAUUGGAUUAUGAUCGAAGGAAUACUUAUAAUAUUGAAUUAAUUGCUGUGGAUCGAGGAACUCCAACCUUAACAGGCACAUCAACACUGACUGUCUCAAUUUUAAAUGUAAACGAUAAGUUCCCAUACUUUGUUCCAUCUACACAGCGUGCAGAAGUCUCAGAAAAUGUUGAACCAGGAACUGUAAUUCAUACACUAACUGCAAUGGAUCCUGAUAUCGUUUCAACAGAUGCACUUAAUUUUGCUGCGGCUGAACCUAUUACAGCUGUUGAUAAAAAUGGAAAAGAAGUUGUUGAUAACGAAAUAUUUAAAGAAUUCUUCGCAGUUGAUACAGAAACGGGAAAAAUUACUGUUGCAAAAACAUUACAACGUGAUAUUGCUGCUGUUGUUCGAAUCACUGUUUUGGUAACGGAUAUUACGGCGCCAACACCACAACAAGCUCAAGGAACUCUAAUUAUAACGAUUGUCGAUGUUAAUGAUUUUCCACCAAUGUUUAAUCCACCAUGGACUCCAAGUAAUCCAAGAUAUACGCUGGAUUUAAUGGAAGAACUACCGAUUGGAACUGUUGUGGGAAGUUAUACAGCCACCGAUGCCGAUUCAAGUAUAGCUUACUAUGAAAUUCAUCCAAAUAGUGAUUUUUUUGAAAUAAAUAAUAAUACAGCGGUGGUCAAGACAAAACGUCUAAUUGAUUAUGAACAAGUUAAAAACAUUAAUUUCACGAUCGUCGCCUACGAUUCUGGUAUUCCACAGCUCUCAGCAACAGCGGAUGUUCUAGUGAAUGUGAUUAAUAUAAACGAUAUUGAUCCUGUAUUCGAACACAUUGAGUACGAAGCAACUGUUAAAGAAAAUUCACCAGCUGGUACAUCGAUUUUAACUGUUAAAGCCACGGAUGGAGAUGAUGGUGAAUUUGGUGAAAUUGUGUAUAGUUUAGUGGGUGAACAUAGUGCCGAUUUUACAAUUGAUCCAGAUACGGGAGUUAUUAGUGUUUUGAAUUCUGGUUUAUUAGAUCGUGAAAUGAUUAAGGAUAUUGUGAUUCAAGCAGUGGCUAGUGAUAAAGCACCUCCAGCGGUUAGGCGUACUGUUACUGCACAGGUUCAUAUCAAAGUCUUAGAUGUAAACGACAAUCCACCAGUCUUUGUUCAACAUCAUUAUCGUGCUAGCGUGGUAGAAAAUUUAUCUCUUAACCCACCAUCACCAAUUUUAAAAGUUCAAGCUGUAGAUUUAGAUGAUGGAAUUAAUUCGGCAAUCCGUUAUAGUAUUGUCAGUGGAAAUGUUGGAGGUGUAUUCACAUUGGAUUCUAAAACUGGUAUUAUUUAUCCGGAUGCUUCGCUAGUAGGUCAACCCAGACAAUAUAAUAUGGUAAUUGAGGCUCGCGAUGGGGAUGGAAAUGGUCAAUUUACAGAUAAAACUCACGUAAAUAUUGAAAUUUUGGAUGUUAAUCAAUAUAAGCCAGAAUUUAUUAUGCCAGCAUUGGCAAAUGCUACUGUUGAAGUACCAGAGAAUGCGGCCAGCGCUGAUUUCUUAAUAAUGAUAGUUAAGGCAACGGAUAAAGAUACGGGCGAAAAUGGACGAGUUACAUAUCAUUUGAAAGUUGGGAAUAAAAAUACUCAAGAAACGGAUGAAUUUAUCAUUGAUGCCGAUACGGGUGAAUUAAAAACAAAAAUGUUUUUAGAUCGAGAAAUUAAAGCCAAAUUUGAGUUGGUUUUGGUUGCUAUGGAUCAUGGUUCACCCACAUGGUAUGAAACAUUACGUUUUUUAACCAUCAUACUUGUCGAUACAAACGAUAAUCGUCCAGAAUUCCCCGAUUCAAUAACUGCUCAUCCAUAUCGUUAUUACAUCUUAGAAAAUUCACCAAAAGAUAUACGAAUUGGUCGUGUACAAGCAAUAGACAAAGAUGAAGGAAAACAUGCAAAAGUUUAUUAUUAUAUUUUAUCCGGCAACGAAGAGAAACGAUUCUAUUUGGAUAAAUCCGAUGGAAGUUUAUAUACGAACACUUCAUUCGAUCGCGAAGAAAAAUCUGAAUACUAUUUAUAUAUAAUUGCGAAUAAUGAUCCCGAUUAUUAUAUAAGUCCCGAAGAACGAAGCAAAAUGUCAGAAUAUGAUAUUGCACAUGAUAGCAGUAUUGCCAAAGUGAAAGUUACCGUUUUGGAUGAGAAUGAUAAUGCGCCCAAGUUCCAAAUAAACAAUUACUAUGCGGGUAUCAAUGUAAUGGCCGAUAUAAAUAAUCCAAUUAUUCAUGUACAAGCAGAAGAUCCAGAUCAAGGGGCAAACGGAACUAUUAUGUACUAUAUUCGAGCUUCAAAUUUGUAUAAAUAUGGAUCGGAUAAAUCAUCUGGAUCCAUUAUUCCAUCGCCAUUUAAUAUAACACAAGAUGGUCGUUUAAUUACGGCAAAUUAUAUGGCUGAAUAUAAUCAAGAUCGAUUUAUUGUGGAAGUGGUUGCACGUGAAAUUGUUUAUCCAGAACGUGAAGCAAUUGCAAGAGUUCAUAUAUGGAUUUAUGAGCCAGAACAAUUAAUUAAAGUAAUUAUGUCACGUCCAGCAACCGAAGUUUUCGAACAAAAAGAUGAAAUUAUUGCUGAAUUAAGCAACGCAACACAAAGUUUAGUGGUUGUAGAUGAAAUACGUUUUCAUACAGAUUCAUCCGGUCGUAUACAUUCUGAUUGGUCGGAUAUGUUAAUACAUGUUGUUGAUAAAAAAACACAAACAAUUGCCACAAUACCGGAAGUAUUAAAAUUAAUUGAUGCUAAAUAUGAUUUCUUAAAAGAUUAUUAUACGGGUUUCGCUAUUGAAAAUGUUGUACCAGUUGUGGACGCCAUUAAAGAAGAACCUUUUGAUCCAGCAUUAGCAGCGUUAAUUGCAUUAUUAAUUGUAUUGUUUGUUGGAAUUAUUACGUUUAUUGUUGUAUGUUGUUGUUUAAAACAAUGGGUUUUAACAAUUCCUAAUGAUUUGAAGAAAAAGGAUGCACUUAUCAAAAAAGCAAUUAUUGAUGAUUUAAAUACAACAGAAAAUCCAUUAUGGAUUGAACAAAAAUUAAAAUUAUACGAAGAACAGGAGUUAACAAUGCAAGUAUUUAGUGAGCCAGAGCAACAAAUUCAAGAAAUGGAACGUCGUCGAGAUAGUGUUGAAUUAUCUCAAGUAGAUAAUACAUAUGCAACAAUUCAACAUACAACAAGACGUGGUUCUGCCAACACAGAUGACAUGGCGGAUUAUGCAACGUUAGCUGGAGCACCUCGUGCUGGUAGUAGUACUCAUAGUUCAAUGCGUGGAGCACCUAGUUAUUAUGAAGCAGCGUUAGGUUUCCAAGGAUCAACGUUUCAAGUUCCCGAACCAUUAGACACGUCGUCCGAAGUAUUUUUACGGCCCCCACCACCACGAAACUCAUCAACAACAGCGAACAGUGGUAAUCACACGUUAAAAAUAAAUCAAGAUGGCCAACCGGAAUUUGUAGCCGAAUUAAUAUAAAAAAAAUUGUGCUCUUAUUAGAUCAAAUUGAACAAAACGAAAGGACCUAAAGACUAAAACAAUUUUUUUAAUACCGAGUGUAUAAAAAGUCUAGAACAGUAAGAAUGUGUGUAAAAUGGGUGAUUGCUUGUGUUUAUAUUAAAAAAAAUAAUAAAAUCUAAUACGCCCUAAUUUAUGGUGCUUGGAAAAAAAAAGAAUUAGUUUUUUAUAUUUAUCUUCAUAAAAAAAAUCAAUGUAUCCUUCCAAAUGUUGUGAACGAAGACGAAUGCUGUGUCCGAAAUAAAAAUAAAAUCAUUUUAACUUGUAAGAAGUGUAAAUAAAAUUCACAGUUUGUUUAAUUUUGAAAGGUACACAAUUAUUUAACAUGGCACGUUUUUAUUUGAACAUAAGUGUACUUUUUGUUUAAUUUUAUAUUUAUGACAUCAAAAUAAUUUAUUUACAAGGGAAUUAUAACGUCCUAUCUUUCUUUUUUCGCGUUCUUAAUCGUCUAGAUGACUUAGAACCAUGGAUAUAGUAACGAGAUAAGCCUCAACGUAAACUAUUAAUCAAUAAACUUGCUCCCUUGGAUUUUAAUACCAAGAAAGAGUCUAGCUAGCGAUAUAAAAAAGAACUGCUAUGGCAACGCCCAUGAAUACCUACACAGCACAUUAAAAUGUACAAUAAAGAAGGUAUCUUUUGCCUUUUAAUUCAAUGAAAACAUCAGCUGAGUUGUUUAAGUAUGGUUUAGAUUUUUUUUACUCGUAUUUUUUUAGCGCUGACAUCUUAGCGUUAAAAUAGAAUAGGUCUAUCAACUCUCCAAAUUUAAUCGUGUAUCUCCGAUUUUCGAGACCCACGCUCGGUUUACGAACGCAUUGAAUUCUCCGAAUUUAAACAAAAAAACUCAGUUUUGAGAUUUCCGAUCGUGAUAAAUUUUGGAUGUAACACCUCCAAUCUAAUAUCUUUUCUUUACUUUAUCCAUGGACAAAACAAAUAAAACAGAGCGGUAGGGGAUAAAAUAUUGUACAUAAUUGACUUAUUUUGUAAUUUCCAUUUGUCAGAAAAUUGAAAUAAUUUUCUAUUUCUGACACAUGGCUACAUUAAGCAUAUUGUCUGACUCUUGAGAAUGUGAAUUUUGAAGAUAAUUAUCAGAAAUUGUCCCUUGUCAAUAAAUUAUAGCCUCAAAUCGAUAGAUGUCUAUACAAAACUUAGGUCGCUAACUUACUUGUUCCAUACAAGCUUCAGCUUAUAUUUGACUUCAAAAGUUUGAAUGAAAGAAGGCCUUUUUAAUAGAUUUUUACGUGAGAACAAUGAAGGAAGUUGAAAAUUUAAUUACAAAUUGAUUACAAGAUUGCAAACAUGGAAAUUAAAAGAGUAUAACCAAAUGACGUGUAAACUGCAGUUAUAGAAAUACAUCGACUGUAGACACUUGGGUCAGAAAACGCAGAUCAUUUAGUCUUCCAUUUUCUUGGCAAUGGCAAUUAUUUUCAUCAUUAAACAAUCGAGCAUUCUGACGAAAAUACUGACGUUACUUAUUUUUACUAUUUUUUUGUUAGCGGUCUAGGUUUCUAGCGAUCUGUGGCCAAACGUAUGUCAUUAAUAUAAAAAUGUUAAUUAUCUUAUCAAUUGAGCAGUAAUUUUUACCUGAAAGUAUUGCAAUAAAUUUUAAUUUUCAU